AUGGCUGCAUCAACCAUGGCUCUGUCCUCCUCUGCCUUCGCUGGAAAGGCCGUGAAGCUCUCACCGGAAGCCUCCGAAGUCUUUGGAACAGGCCGUGUCACUAUGCGCAAAACCGCCAAACCCACCGGUCCAUCUGGCAGCCCAUGGUACGGAUCCGACAGAGUUAAGUACUUGGGUCCAUUCUCCGGCGAGCCCCCGAGCUACCUCACCGGAGAGUUCCCCGGAGACUACGGAUGGGACACCGCCGGUCUAUCCGCCGACCCAGAGACCUUUGCCAGGAACCGUGAGCUAGAAGUUAUCCACUCCAGAUGGGCCAUGCUUGGAGCCCUAGGAUGCGUUUUCCCUGAGCUAUUGGCUAAGAACGGCGUCAAGUUCGGAGAAGCGGUCUGGUUCAAGGCCGGUUCACAGAUCUUCAGCGAAGGAGGGCUCGACUACUUGGGCAACCCAAGUUUGGUCCACGCUCAAAGCAUCUUAGCCAUUUGGGCUACUCAGGUGAUCCUCAUGGGAGCUGUCGAGGGUUACAGAGUCGCCGGAAAUGGCCCCUUGGGAGAAGCAGAGGACUUGCUUUACCCAGGAGGCAGCUUCGACCCAUUGGGCCUCGCUACUGAUCCAGAGGCUUUCGCGGAAUUGAAGGUGAAGGAGCUUAAGAACGGAAGGUUGGCUAUGUUCUCUAUGUUUGGAUUCUUUGUUCAAGCCAUCGUCACCGGUAAGGGACCAAUUGAGAAUCUUUCUGACCAUUUGGCUGAUCCAGUCAACAACAACGCAUGGGCCUUCGCCACCAACUUUGUCCCCGGAAAGUGA